UCCUCUCGGUCUCGGCUCUUCCCCUCCCCCGCUGCUGCUGUUGCUUUAUCCAGUACUUGUAGUAAUAAAGUUUUUGAUUAAAAAAAGAACGUCGCUUGGUUGUUUGUUUGGGCGAAGGCCCGGCCCAUCGCUGCCUGCCAUCUGACUGCUCCCCUUCCCUUCCCUUCGACUCGAAGAACCCUAAGCGAUCAUGGCGAACGGCGGCGGCGGCGUUUGGGAUGGCAACUGGGCGCGGCUGAUUUUGGAGAUAAUCCACGAGCACUACAAGAAGGCACUUGACGUGCUGCCGCUGGACCACUGCGAGAAGCCGCUCCUCCACAGCGGUCUCUGCAUCGGCUUCGCCGACCCCGUCACCAACAUCAUCGCCAACACACUGCGCAACGCCGAUCCCAGGAAGCGGAAACGGAGACCGCCGACAAGGGACGAGGUCCUCUCCAAGAUCGUCGCCGGCGACGGCACCUCGCCCCCGGAGGCACGUACCGUCGCGGAGCGCUCUUACUAUGGCCUCCGCGCCUUCCUCAUAUCCUAUUUCCGCUACCUCCCCGCCUGGGAUGCACUGCGCUACCUCUACCUGUCCAGGGCCGACCUCCUCGUCGCCGUCCUCCUCAUCCACAACCACCGCUGCUGCCGCCGCCCACUCCGCAUUCGCUCUCACGCCCUCACCUCUGCGCUCAAAUCCGCUGCCUAUUCCUCCGCCCAACCCAAUCUGGUUAUGGAUUCCUUUGCACUGCUCCCUCGUCUCCACAAGAUCCACCGCUGCCGCCUCUCUGCUCAAGACAUCCGCUGCUUGUCUCGAUUGGUCCACAAGCCGCUCAAGCUGAAGAAGAAAUCAGACAAAGCAGCCAUGGAUCUUGCUGCCCGACGGUUUCAUCAGCUAGACAUGGAUGCAAGCAUUGCCAAGGUGCCAGCAGGUAGACUGACGGAAUCGCUGCGAGGAAUUCUUCUCGACAGAAUCCACAGUCGUUAUCUCAAGGUGGUUCCUCGGCUACCAAUGAUAGAUCUUCGUGUUCGACAUCAUCGCAGCCUCCUCAAGGCAGGCUUCUGCUAUGGCCCAUUCAAUUCUAUCACCAAUAUCAUUGUCAACACCAUUUGGUACGAUACCAUGUUCCCUCCAUCAGAGAGUUUCGAGGUGGACAUGAUCUGCACCCUGCAACAUGUUGAAUCUCGUUCUCUCAACGGACUCAUUGCCUUCUUGCACGCAUCCAUUCCUGAUAUAUCUGACCAUGAUGCUAUGAUUUAUCUAAUCAAGAGCGAUCUGAAUAUCUGCAAAGUAAUUGAAAUGGCAACACAGGAAGGAUAUACUACCUCAGUUUGUGAUGACAGCGGCUACAAGGCUGCAGUGGAUGCGUCAUAUCAUCCAAAACCUGAAGAGUAUUUGGAAUUUGUCAUGCAAGUCUUGCCUCAGGUGCGAUCUGUUGUUAGGUCCCUGCUAAAAGAUCCUCUUUCCUCAAGCAGUGUUCGUCGCCUCUCUACACUCUUGUCACAUUCAAGCUUAAAUUCCUUCAAGCCAGCCGUUGUUCUAAGUAAAGAUGCAAUGAAGAUCUUUUCGGAUUGCAAACAAGAUUUCCUCACCCAACAAAGUUUUGUCUGCAGAAAAGUUAAAGCUGCAUUGCAGAAUUAUGAGCAAACUACGGGCUAUUGCUAUGAGCUUUGUAUCAUUUGUGGUGUGAAUGAUUAUGUUGGCAAGAAGAGAAGUCCUGGAGACUCGAGGCGUCAAUUUUCACAUGCCAAUUUUUGGGCAAGUCCAGAUAAUGGAACAAGCACAACGUUAUUUUUUGCAGAGUUCAGUAAUGUUGAAGACAGUGAACAUCAUCAACCCUUUUGCUACCCUGUGCCGGAAGUGUCAACACAAAUACGCUGCUGCUAUUGUGAGUAUCUGGGGAUUAGGAUUGUACAUCCCACUGAGGAUUCCUGGGAAGGCGCAGGAGACUAUGAGAAAAUUGCUUCUAGCGAACACAAACUCACAAAUCAAGCUAUUAUAAGCAGUGGGAAGUUGAAAGAUAAUAUAAUGGGCAACUUCGCAGAUGAUUACCUCUACUUGGAUCGUGCCUGGGACAUCAAGUUAAUCCAAGAUAUGAAUUAUGCUGCAUGGUUGAGAAAUCUUGAUGGGAAUGAACUAAUGAGGAGGAUAAACCCAAUGAGGCCGUAGGCCACGACCUACAACAAGUUGAGUAAAUAUCACAAAAGGAUACUGAUUUUAGACUCUACUUUAGUAGGUUGUUUCGCUCACUUGCUUGUUGCAUCUUCAGCCAAUAUGGAUGUACGUGUUAUUACCCCUCUCAAAAGAAAUGUUUCGGCAAUUAAUUUUCAGUCUGCAUGGUCAUAGUUAUAUUGCUUUUUUACAUUUCUCAUGUCUCAUGGAUGGCCUAUUUGCGUGAUUUGUAAGCUAUAGAUGACGCCCUGAGAUUAGGCGUUAGGUCAUGUAUGAAUCUUAAGACUAUGGGCAGAUAGAUAUUUAACAUCUAAA